AGAGCUAGCGCAUGCGCGCUUGGUGGUGUGCGGUAGCGGGAGGAAAGCCAGGACCCGGCUGGAGCUUAGGCGAGCGCGCGUGCGCCGUCGCUAGCUCGGCGCUGCCGCGGCCGCCGUGUGGGAGCGGGUGUGAGACCGCCGUGCGGGCCGCGGGAAUGUUCCGAAAGGCCCGGCGAGUGAACGUGCGCAAGCGGAAUGACUCGGAGGAGGAGGAGCGAGAGCGCGAUGAGGAGCAGGAGCCGCCGCCGUUGCUGCCGCCGCCGGGCACUGGCGAAGAGCCGGGCCCGGGCGGCAGCGACAGGGCCCCCGGGGGGGAGUCGCUGCUGGGCCCGGGGCUGCCGCCGCCCUCUGCAGUGACCCCGGGCUUCGGGGGUGAGACCGGAGGCUGCUUCCCCGGCAGCGCGGAACCUGGCAACGGGCUGAAGCCGCGCAAGAGGCCGCGUGAGAACAAAGAGGUGCCCCGGGCCAGCCUGCUCAGCUUCCAGGACGAGGAGGAAGAAAAUGAAGAAGUUUUCAAAGUGAAGAAAUCAAGUUAUAGCAAAAAGAUAGUAAAAUUACUUAAGAAAGAAUAUAAAGAAGAUCUUGAAAAAUCGAAGAUUAAGACAGAACUCAACUCAUCAGCCGACAAUGAACCACCUUUGGACAAAAUAGGACACGUUAAGGACACCACUCAAGAAGAUGGAGUUAUCAUUAGUGAACAUGGUGAAGAUGAAAUGGAUAUGGAAAGCGAGAAGGAAGAAGAAAAGCCGAAGGCUGGCGGAGCCUUUUCAAAUGCUUUAUCAUCUUUAAAUGUUCUCCGCCCAGGAGAAAUUCCAGAUGCAGCUUUCAUACAUGCUGCAAGGAAAAAGCGUCAAAUGGCCCGGGAGUUGGGAGAUUUCACUCCUCAUGAUAGUGAGCCUGGUAAAGGCCGCCUUGUUAGAGAAGAUGAGAAUGAUGCCAGCGAUGAUGAAGAUGAUGAUGAGAAACGCCGUAUAGUGUUUUCUGUGAAAGAAAAGUCACAAAGACAAAAAAUUGCCGAGGAAAUAGGUAUUGAGGGGAGUGAUGAUGAUGCUUUAGUAACUGGAGAACAAGAUGAAGAGCUCAGCCGAUGGGAACAGGAGCAGAUAAGAAAAGGAAUUAAUAUCCCUCAGGUGCAAGCAAGUCAGCCCACUGAAGUGAAUGUGUACUACCAGAACACUUACCCGACGAUGCCUUAUGGUUCAUCCUAUGGCAUUCCUUACAGUUACACAGCCUAUGGAUCAUCCGAUGCCAAAUCUCAAAAAACAGAUAAUACAGUCCCUUUCAAAACUCCCAGUAAUGAGAUGACUCCCGUUACUAUUGAUUUGGUAAAGAAACAGCUUAAAGACAGGUUGGACUCCAUGAAAGAACUACACAAAACAAAUCGACAGCAGCAUGAGAAACACCUGCAAAGCCAAGUGGACUCCACCAGGGCUAUUGAAAGAUUAGAAGGGUCUUCUGGGGGUAUUGGUGAACGGUAUAAAUUUUUGCAAGAAAUGCGAGGGUAUGUCCAAGACUUGCUUGAGUGUUUCAGUGAAAAGGUGCCACUGAUUAAUGAACUUGAAUCAGCAAUACAUCAGCUGUACAAACAGCGAGCUUCCCGCCUUGUCCAAAGACGACAAGAUGAUAUUAAAGAUGAAUCUUCGGAGUUUUCAAGCCAUUCAAAUAAAGCUCUGAUGGCACCAAAUCUUGAUUCCUUUGGACGAGAUCGAGCACUGUAUCAAGAGCAUGCAAAACGUCGGAUUGCGGAACGGGAGGCCAGGAGGACUCGUCGUAGACAAGCCAGAGAGCAAACCGGUAAGAUGGCAGAUCACCUUGAAGGCCUUUCCAGUGAUGAUGAAGAAACUUCUACAGAUAUUACAAAUUUCAAUCUGGAAAAAGAUCGCAUUUCAAAAGAGUCCAGCAAGGUUUUUGAAGAUGUCAUUGAGAGUUUCUAUUCAAUCGACUGUAUUAAAUCCCAAUUUGAAGCAUGGCGUUCAAAAUACUACACAUCCUACAAGGAUGCUUACAUCGGCCUUUGUUUGCCAAAGUUGUUCAACCCUCUCAUUAGGCUGCAGCUUCUCACGUGGACUCCUCUUGAGGCAAAAUGCCGUGACUUUGAGAAUAUGCUGUGGUUUGAAUCUUUGCUGUUUUAUGGUUGUGAAGAACGAGAGCAAGAAAAAGAUGAUGUGGACAUUGCACUAUUACCAACCAUUGUGGAAAAGGUGAUUCUUCCUAAACUAACAGUGAUAGCUGAAAAUAUGUGGGACCCUUUUUCUACAACACAAACUUCAAGAAUGGUUGGAAUUACAUUAAAAUUAGUAAAUGGAUAUUCUUCAGUAGUGAAUGCAGAAAACAAAAAUACACAGGUGUACCUAAAAGCACUUUUAUUGAGAAUGAGAAGAACUUUAGAUGAUGAUGUAUUCAUGCCCUUAUAUCCCAAAAAGUAAGUAACUCCUCAGAAGACUGAAA